AUGCUGAAACUCCGCCGUGAAUACACGGCCACCAACUCCCCGUUAAUCGUCCUGGUCUUCCUGCUUUUUUCCCUCCCACUAUCCCUCUGCCAAACAGCCCAACUAUCCUCCCGCGCCAAAACAGGCAAUCCCAUCAUAGAAGGCUGGUACGCCGACCCGGAACUUCGCAUCUACGAGGACGCCUUCUACCUCUACCCCACCACCUCCACCAGUUUCAACAACCAGACAUUCUUCGACGCCUUCUUCUCGUCCGACCUGCUCACCUGGCAACGCGCCGGCCGCAUCCUCGACUUCGCUGAUGUCCCCUGGACCACCGACCGCGCCGCCUGGGCCCCCACCGUUGGCUACAAGGACGGCUCAUACUUCCUCUACUACUCCGCCGGAGACGGUGUCGGCAUAGGCGUCGCCGUUUCCAAAUCGCCAGCGGGGCCCUUCAAGGAUGUAUUGGGUCGGCCGCUGAUUGGCGAUUAUGUAUUUGGCGCGCAGCCCAUCGAUGCGAUGGUGUUUAUGGAUGGGGAGGGGGAUGGGGAGGGGAGAAAUUAUCUGUAUUGGGGCGGUCGGGGACAUGCGGUUGUGGGCGAGUUGGCAGAUGACAUGGUGUCGUUCAAGGGCGGUUUCAGAGAAGUGACUCCCGAGAAAGCGUACGUGGAGGCACCGUGGAUGCUGAAGAGGAAAGGGGUUUAUUAUUUCUUUUAUAGCGUUGGAGGAUGGGGAGAUCCGUCCUACGCUGUCAAAUAUGUCAAAGGCGACAGCCCACUCGGACCUUUCAGCGGACCCUCCAAACUGAUCCUCAGCAGCGAUCCAGCCAUCGGCACAAGCACAGGCCAUAACAGUGUGUUCAAUGUCGGCGACGAGUACUACAUCGUUUAUCAUCGGCGGCCUCCGGGAGAUGGUGCGCGCGAUCACCGCGUCGUGUGCAUUGAUCGGAUGUAUUUUACUGACAGCGGGGAGAUUGAGGUCGUGAAGAUUACGAAUGAGGGGGUGGACGGGAUUACGUUGAAAUGA